CUGCAAAUCUUUAAAAUUAAACCCUUGCAAAUCAGCUUUACAAUAUACCUGUCUUGUAGUGGCUUGAAUCCGUGAAGUGACCCGAGUUUCAUUUCUUGGAACACUCUGUUGGGCUCAGUACCUCUUUGUCUAAGGUUGCAAUGUCAUCCACUGGAAUGAUGAAGCAUGCAGGCAUUAAUUAAAGAAGGUUUUAGUUCAGGUGUGGCACCCCUUGUUGUUGAAUAUCCUGGCUGUAUACCUUUACAAAUGCCAAAUAGCCUUGGGGGAACGGGCUCUGGCAUGCUGAAGUGAAGAGUGAGCAGAUCUGACAGGAGAGAUUCUGACCAACUCAUUCACAAGUACGACAGCUCCAGCUGACUCACUGCAUGGUUGAAGAAAAGGUAAUACAGCUUGCAAAGAAACUCCUACUCAUGGGCGAAUCCGUUGCCAAGCCAUCGCACCUGAGAGUAAGCUCCACUUGCUGAGUGUUUGAACAAGCAGAGACAUGCUGCAAGCCAGCAAAGUGGGCCUUCCACACACACCCAGAGCACACUCUUAUAACCUACUGUCAGGUGGUGUGUUUCCCGAAGCUCUGCUUCAUCAGCUCGAAAUGUGGAAGAAACGGAAAGCCCGUCAACUGGAAAUUUCAGCUCCCGUCAACUUCCAGCACAGGGUCCACACUUCCUUUGACCCACAAUGCCACAAAUUUAUUGGGCUUCCCAAGCAGUGGCAGGGGCUUCUGGCAGAUGGUGUGAAGCAGCCAAAACCUCUGGAAGAUCGCUCCACAGUUAUACCUGAGGAUGUGGCACCAUUAAAGCCUAUUGUCCGUGGAAGUGUACCUGGAAUGAAUAAUUACCUCACAGGGCUGCUGUCCGAUCUGAAGGAACUCUCGUUUACAGGAUCCAGCUCUUUACGAAGAAAUACCAUUUGCUUUUCCCAAAGGAAAGAGUGGCCACUGAGGGGAAUCAAGGAAGGUGGCACCCAAGAAAUGCUGCAAAAGCAUGCAAGUUAUACGGGACGUUGGAGCAGUAAUCUCUCCAGCGAUCAGGAAAGACUUUGUAAAGGGGAGAAUGGAAGUUUCAUGGCUAGGCUCCAUCUGCCAAAGACUUCACAUUUGCAACAGAAUGAUGGUGGGAUUCACAGGACCAAAUUAACCCAGAACCUGACCAUUCCCUCACUGGAAUAUGAACGACAGAGAACAGAGUCUUUCAAUAAUGUACAAAGCCUUGCACCACAACCAGGGAACUCUGUCAACCCACCAGACAGAAGUGCCUUUGGACCAGACUCUCCCCGGGGAACAAGACCAAGGAGAAAAAACAGUAUUGGCUGGAGACCCAUUACCUGCUUCUUCAUUCAGUCCAGCCCAAAGCAGACAAGAGAUCGGGCUUCAUGCUCGGGUACCUCCCCUUGGGCUAAUGGAACUAGAGGGAACCAGCUCAGUGCCUCUCCAUCAGCAGACCUCUCACUGGAUACUUCAGCAAGAGUCACAUCAGCUAGCAAGAACCAGGCAAGCAACCAGCCCAGGAGCAAUGGAGGAGUAAUCCUGACCAGUGCUGGAAGUCCGGGGGAAUCCGUAAAGAAGGGGAGCAGAACGAAGAAUCCUGGAACUGUUUCAGCACCAAGUCGAGGCUCUCACCAGAUGAGGGGGAGCGUAUCCCAGGGGCAGGUGAGCCUAAGGGGGAGUGGCUCACACACACACUGCUCACCUCAGAACAGCCCCACUCUCCGAGAACAUCCUCCAGCCACGGGAGCUGGCAGAGUUACCCAUGAGCAGUUCAAGGCCGCCAUAGCAACUGUGGUUGACCAGACUGAUCCCAGGAAGCACCUGGAGUCCUUCAGUAAAAUUGGGGAAGGGUCCACAUGCAUUGUGUGCGCAGCCACAGAGAAGCAAACGGGCCGCAGAUUGGCGGUGAAGAUGAUGGACCUGCGGAUGCAGCAGCGACGGGAGCUCCUGUUCAAUGAGGUGGUGAUUAUGAAGGACUAUCAGCACGAGCACAUUGUGGAGAUGUACAGCAGCCAUCUGGUGGGUGACCAGCUGUGGGUUGUGAUGGAGCUACUGCAGGGUGGAGCCCUCACCGACAUCAUUUUACAGACCAGGAUGGAUGAGCAGCAGAUCGCCACUGUUUGCCUGUCAAUCUUGAAGGCGCUGGCUUUCCUACACUCCCAGGGUGUGAUCCACAGGGACAUCAAGAGUGACUCUAUUCUGCUGACACUUGAUGGAAGGGUUAAGCUGUCGGAUUUUGGAUUUUGUGCACAAGUGAACAGGGAGAUUCCCAGGAGGAAAUCCUUGGUCGGCACGCCCUAUUGGAUGGCUCCAGAAGUGAUUGCCCGAUUGCCUUAUGGACCGGAGGUGGAUAUCUGGUCCCUCGGGAUCAUGGUCAUGGAGAUGGUGGAUGGAGAACCUCCCUAUUUCAACGAGAAUCCUGUGGAAGCCAUGAAAAUGCUCCGAGACAAUCCUGCUCCCGGACUGAAGCGGGAACACAUGGUAUCCCCGAUCCUUCGAGACUUCCUGAGCCGGAUACUAAUCCAUGAAGUGCAGCAAAGAGCUAAGGCCGCUGAGCUCCUGGACCACCUCUUCCUUCUGCAGGCCGGGCUGCCCGACUGCAUGGUGCCUUUGAUCCAGCAGUGUAACCAGGGAUGAGGUUACAGGAGAGUACAUUUUUCCAAAAUGCUGAGUUCUCAUCUGUAU